AUGGCUGAGAAAACCAAUCAGGCCUAUCCCUUGGCACCAGCAAAUGGUUACAGAAGAAGUGAUGCAGAGUCUUUGCAAUCAGCCGAUGAGCUGAAACGCAAGAAGAGAACCAAGUUGGCCAUUUAUAUUGGUAUUUUCAUUGUGUUUCAGAUCUUGGUCAUAACUGCGCUGAGUCUCACCGUCAUGAAAGUUAAGACCCCAAAGGUCAGGCUAGGCAACAUCAACGUCCAAAACUUCAACUCUGCGCCUGCAACACCUUCAUUCGACACUAAAUUCACAACCCAAAUCAAAGUCAAGAAUACAAAUUUUGGCCCAUACAAGUACGAUGCUGCCAUUGUCACGUUUUUGUACCAAGGUGCGACUGUCGGGCAAGUUUCUAUUCCAAAGAGCAAGGCUGGAAUGCUUUCAACCAAAAAAAUUGACGUUGAGGUGAGCUUGAGUUCAAGUGCAUUGAGCGGUACCAAUCUUGGCAGUGAAUUGAACAGUGGGGUAUUGACACUCAACAGCGCGGCUAAGUUGACUGGAAAGGUUGAAUUGAUGCUUAUCAUGAAGAAGAAGAAGUCUUCCACCAUGGACUGCACCAUGGCAUUUGAUCUGUCAUCGAAGACGCUCAAAAGUUUAAAAUGCAAAUGA